AUGGCCGCCUACUCCCCGUACGGGUCCACCCCGGGCCCCGAGUACCUUUACGACGAAAAGAAGUUCCCCAGUCCGUCUCCGACCCCAUCGCCCCGGGGACCGAGCUAUUACUACGGCGCCACGCCGCAGCGCCCGGCGACCCGAGCUCACUUCCGCGGCGGGAGCACCAGCGGCGUCAACCCCGGCUACGCCAGCCCCCGCGGACCGUCCUUCUCCCCGCGAUACAACAGCGAGGGCCAGUACGCCACCGUCAAUGUGAGUGUCUCGCGGUCUCGCAGGCCUAGUUUUUCGGCUCCGCCGCGCCCCAUGCGCGAGCGACGUUCUUCCUUUUCCUACCAUCCGACCUCGGUCUCUCACGGGGAAUCCGACGAGGACGAGUUCAUUCAUCUCGACGACCGUACAUAUGUACUGCCCGCCCGGUCUCGGGCGAGGCCGCACAAGGAUCAUUUUACUGUCAACGCUGGUGGGCAUGGAACUGAUCGCGGCUACUCUGCACAGAGCGGUACAUUUUUCGACAGGGAGUCGGGCUUCGCCCCGCCGCCGCGGUUUGAAUCUAGCCGCCGCCCGCCGCCGCCCGCGGGUCACACUCGCCGGGCUUCCACUUCGGUACCUCAGCGGCCCCAGACCGCCAGGCCUUCUGCUGCCAGCGCGCACAAGAAGCCUCCCGCAUCGGGCCCGCCCCGUGCCCCUACGGACGCCGACUGCAGGCGCCACAAGAUCCCCCCUGGUUACUCGCUUAAGAACUGGGACCCGACUGAGGAGCCCAUCAUGCUUCUUGGCAGUGUCUUCGACGCCAACUCGCUCGGCAAAUGGAUCUACGACUGGACCGUGUACCAUCACGGCCCGGGUUCGCCCAUUGGCGACCAGGCCGGUGAGCUUUGGCUCCUCCUCAUUCAGCUCUCAGGCAAGAUCAAGCGCGCCGAGGAGAUGAGCAGCAAGGUCCGCUCUAAGGAGAACCGUGAGAUGCUCGAGGAGUUCAUCCAGGCCGGCGAGCGCCUCACGGACAAGCUCCGCAAGCUUCUCAAGGCUUGUGAAGCCCCGAUGCUUCGCACCAGCAUCAAGCCCAAGAAGGAGGGCCAGCUGGACAAGAGCGCCGGUGUCGAGUUCGUUGAUACCCUCUUCGGUGUUGAUUGCGAACUCGACCGGACCAACCGUUUCAUGGCCUCCGUCCGCCUCUGGAACCUCCGGUUUGACACCAACUGCGAGGACCUCCUCAACAAGCCGACCGUGUAG